AUGGCCCUGCUGGCCAACGCCAUUGCGCUCUUGUCCCGAAAGAUGUCUGGUGUCGGCCUCACCCCCCCGGAAGUGAGCCUCCUUCAACUCUACCACAGUGAGCUGGAUGCAGAACUGGCGCUGUUCCCUUUCAGCUCUCUCCCCAGCAUCCCAUCGUCAUCAUCAAUCAAUUCCACAUCGAGCGCCACUCCGCCCCGUACCGAAACAUUGGGGCGAACAAAGAGGUACGACAGGUCAUGCGAGCAGUGCACCACCAGGUUCACGAGCCAGUGGCGCAAGGGACCCACUGGACCCUCCACGUACCCCUUGGCCCCUUUCAAGAGCUCUUGGUGGUUAUGA